UAAUAAGUCUUGAGUUGGAUUACUAGCUGAGAAGGGGAAAAAACAGAGACAAGAGAAGAUGAAAAAAUCUGGACCAUUCAUGUUGGCUGAUCAUUGAUAAUCCACGCAGAGGCAGAGGUGGACCAUGAGCGCUAUGAGCUGAUAAAUCUGAAAGAAUUCUUUUCUGGGUUUGCAACAGGCACCGAAAAUGGCAGCAGCAGUGGCUAAACUGUUAUUAUCACCCAAUCCACUCUCCAUUUCUCUUCCUUCGAAAUUAUCGUGCAAGAAGCACCAUCUAUGGCCAGGGCCAGGUCAGGCUCGAACCCCAACAACACCCAAUAGACAGGUGGUUCGCGUCGUCUCUCUCCAAGAACAUGUUUUAUCUUCCUCUGCUAUUCUUGUGGAGCAGCUCCACCAUGACUCAAUGUUUUCAGUGGCAGAGAGCAUGGGUUACUCUUCGGCUAGUUACUAUACUUCACUUGGUCUUUUUGUUAUCUCCGUUCCUGGUCUUUGGUCCCUCAUCAAGCGUUCUGUUAAGUCUAAGAUUGUGCAAAAGACGUUUAUUGGUGAAGGGGAAGGGAGGAAAGCACCGAAUCAUGUUGCUGGAGAAAUCUUAUCUUUUUUCACUAGAAAUAAUUUUGUGGUCACUGAUAGAGGAGAGACUAUUACGUUUGAAGGCAUGAUGAUACCAAGCCGAGGCCAAGCAGCCUUGCUUACAUUUUGCACCUGCAUCAGCUUGGCAAGUGUUGCACUUGUGCUUACUAUAACUCUACCAGACUUCGGAAAUAAUUGGUUUUGGAUCACCAUUCUAAGUCCAUUAGCAGGAGCAUACUACUGGAAGCGGGCAUCAAGAAAGGAGCAGAUCAAGGUUAAAAUGAUGGUUUCAGAUGAUGGUACCUUAUCAGAGAUUGUAGUUCAAGGUGAUGACCAGCAGGUAGAACAAAUGAGGAAGGAGCUUCAGCUUAGUGAAAAAGGCAUGGUCUAUGUUAAGGGCAUCUUUGAGAGAUGACAGAACACCAAUUCUGUUCUCAUGGAGUUCACAUCUCUGUCAGUGGGUUUUCAGAUUAACGAUGCAACUAUUCUUGCACAUGAAAAUUUUGAAGAGUAUAAAAUUAUCAUAAAGUGUAACAAUUCAAAUGCAAGCAUUCGUAUUACUUUAA